CAUUGGAUAACUUCAAAACCUCUCAGCACUGCCUGUCUCAAAGUGUCCAUUCUCUUUUACGCUGCUCCGCUAAACAAAUGGAACUGACACCCAUUAUUCCUACCUUCAAAAUCUCUUUGCCAAAUCCGGGAAGACAAGCAAGAACCCAUAUCUCUUGCUUAAUUACUCCAGUUUCUUAUUUAUCCUCACCAGACCAAAUGACAACCACAAAAACCCACCUCAAUUCCAGCAACAUUCAAUAUGAGAUUAACACUAACAAUAUAAGAAACGUAGCUGUGCCAACCAUGACUGAAGUAUUGGCUGCAUCCAAGGCCCAGAACCUGGACCUUCAGCUACAAAUACUAGGACCCUUUUUCAGAAUCACAGCUAAGAGUCUUGAAACUCAAAAUGAGCUUGGGAGAGCUGAAGGGCUGAUAAGGGUCUGGUUAAAAGGCAAGAUUCUCCAUUUGGAUUCAAUAAGAUUGAGAAGAGAAACACUUGGCAUGGAAAAAUCAAUUUUUGGCAUUGGUUUGUUCAUUGGAGCUGUUGCUAUUCGUUACGGGUAUGACUCUGGUUGUAAGACUGCUGAGUUGCUUGCUAUUAAUGACUCUGAUCUUUACCAUUCUAAGCUUGUUAGGUUCUACACUAGAAUUGGGUUCAAGGCUGUGUACGAAGUGACGGGCUCGACUAUUGGAGACCUUCCUCACAUGUUGGUCUGGGGUGGCAUUGGAACCCGAAUGGAUGCUGAUAUCGAAGAGCUUCUACUAAAAUGGUGUGCCAGGUUCAAAAGUCGAGAAUGAAGGGUGAUACCCAUUGCUUAUGCAGUCUAUUCUGCAAUCAUGUGGUUCAAAUGAAGGGUGAUACCCAUUGCUUAUGCAGUUUAUUCUGCAAUCAUGUGGUUCAAAAGUCGAGGAUGGAGUUCUGAACUGAAAAGAAUUAUGGUUGGCUGAAGGCAUUAGCCUAAAUUAUUGCCCUGAUCUAUUAUCUCGGAGAAAUAUAAUGAUUUUCCUGGAAAAUGCUUAUACUUUGCGGUUGAUAUCAAGAUGCCAAUAAAUUCUAUUGCUGGUUUGAUGAGCCCAAAAGGAAGGAAAAGGUAUUGCUCUUUUGGUAUGAUCGUGCGUUUCAACGGCAAGACUCGAAAUAUAAUUAUUUGCCACCUAAGUUGCAAGUCAUUACAUUGUAACAUGAUGUUCAAGCACAGAGCUUACCAGAAGAAAUAUCAUCGACUAUUUAGUGA